CCACUCAAUAUCCACAUACAAAUACUAAAAGACACGUCUUUGAGUGUGGGAAUCUGUUUAUCUUGUAGCGGUGGCUGUGUUUUGUAGUAGAUGGGUGUUGACUCAAAAGCAGGAAUCUUGAAAGCAUUCCUGUAGUUUCUCUUUAAUUUAUUUGCUUUGGUUUCAAAUAUUAAAUGGGACCAUUUUGGUUGCUGGGGUGGGUGUGAUUAAAUGAUGUUGGGGUUGUCCCAUGGCACUCCAAAGAUCUUUUUUUUUUUAUGGAAACCCCCUCCCCCCCAAAUAGAAAACAUAAAAAAGCUUACUAGCUGUAUUGUAUAGAAGAAGACAUCAUUAUUGCUUUUCCUCUGUCAUCUACAAAGAAUGAUCCGACCCGACUGGGUUUGAUGACUCAGUUUCUUGAUUCUUUUAAGUUUUGUCGGCUAUCUUUUUAUGGGUGGUGUUUUUGGAAUAAGAAAUUGGAGUGAUUGUAGAUGAUGGGUUUUUGAUGUUCUGGAUCAGGGAAAUAAAGAUCAGCCAUGGCUCCUGCUCGAAAAGCUUUGGGGUUCUAUAAUGAAGCCAAUGACUGGUUUUGUAAUGCAGGGUUGCCAAGCGAUAUCACCAUUGUUAUAGACAACGUAAACUUCCAUCUUCACAAGUUUCCCCUAUCAUCGAGAUGUGGGAAAAUAGAAAAGCUAAUUGAAGAAACUCAAAAUACCGAUCAAGGUUCUUGCACCAUUACCCUAGAAAAUAUUCCUGGUGGGGCCAAUGCAUAUUUGGUGGCGGCUAAAUUCUGUUAUGGUGUCCGUGUGGAACUUACACCAAGGAAUAUAGUUAUCGUGUAUUGUGUGGCAGGCUAUCUUGAGAUGUUUGAUGAGUAUGGAGAUGACAACUUAUUUGGAAGGGCAGAGAAUUACUUCCAUAAGACCGUACUAAAAAACUGGAAGGAUUGCAUGGUUGCUCUUCAAAGUUGUGAGACCGUUAUGACAGAAGCGGAUAAUCUCCAGAUAAUUAGUAAAUGCUUGAAAGCUAUAUCGAUGAUGGCUUGUACAGAUCCCAGUUUGUUUGGGUGGCCAAUGAUGAUGUACGGCCGCUUACAGAGCCCUGGAGGUAGCAUUUUAUGGAAUGGAAUCAAUACUGGUGCAAGAAUCAGAAGUUCAGAAUCCGAUUGGUGGUUUGAAGAUAUAUCGUAUCUUGGUGUGCCUUUGUUUGAGAGGCUUAUAAAGACGAUGGAAGCUAGGGGCAUUCGACCUGAAAAGUUAACAGGAGCUAUUAUGUACUAUUCUAGAAAGUAUCUUCAUGGCUUAGGCAGAUGGCAAGGGGGGCAGAGUACCAAAGCUAGAUCAAUUGCAAGCUUUAGCAUGAAACCGGCCAUUGUCGAUCAGCGAGUUCUACUGGAAAGCGUUGUAAAACUGCUUCCUGAAAAAAAGGGCAAGUCUUUCUGUCGUUUCUUGUUGGCACUUUUACGUGUUGCUUUGAUUUUGGGUGUUAAUGGUAAGUGUCAAAACUCGCUUGAAAGGAAGAUAGGAAUGCAGUUGGAGCUUGCUACAUUAGAUGGCUUAUUGAUUCCUACCUAUUCGGAUUCUGAUACUUUAUAUAACAGUGAUUGUGUAGAAAGGAUAAUCAAUCAUUUCUUGACUUCCGAACAAACGGUUACUACUUUUUCUCCACCAUCAAUUGCUUCAGAAGUGUCGCAAUCAUCUGGACCAUUGAGGAAAGUUUCAAAGCUUGUAGACAGUUAUAUGGCAGAGGUUGCAUCUGAUGUGAACUUGAAACCUGAAAAGAUUCGAUCGUUAGCAGAGGCUCUUCCUGAAUCCUCAAGAUCUCUGAAUGACGGGCUGUAUAGAGCGUUGGAUGUAUAUUUUAAGGUCCACCCGUGGCUACCGGACAAAGAAAAAGAAGAGCUUUGCAACAUCAUCAACUAUCAGAAGCUUUCCAUUGAUGCUUGUGCUCAUGCUUCUCAAAACCAGCACCUCCCACUUAGAGUUGUCCUCCAAGUGCUGUUUUUUGAGCAGAUGCAGCUGAGAACCGCUCUAGCUGGCUGCGUUAAUGUGUUGGAUAACGAGAAUCCCUCAACUGGUCCAAUGAAUAUUGUGCUAAGUGGCAGCACCGCAAUGGCUGGCCAAAUUGUACAGAGAGAUGGCUGGGUGACCAUCGUGCGUGAAAACCAAGUAAUGAGAGUGAGCAUGGAAAGAUUGAGGUCUAGAGUUGGAGAACUUGAAGAAGAGUUCAAUAGAAUGAGGCAAGAAAUGAAAAGGGUAAGUAGAACACAUAACUCUCUUGAAUCUCCGUGGUUUCUUUCAAGAACGUUUGGAAACUGCAAACUCCUUCCUCGGUCAUCAAAUGUUCAGGAAGACGUUGUGGAAAGCACGGGGCCCGCUACCCCAAGGGGGUCAACGGACCAGCCACGAGCCUCCCAUCAUUCCAAACAUCGUUGAAGUUUCUUUCAGUGUAAUAAAGUAGACAAAUGGAAGAAAGUUGAAGAACCCAAGAAGGGGAGAUAUUGUUUUACUUGAAACCGCGAUUUCAAUGGUUGACGACACCAGAAAAUCCAUCCUGGAUGUUUAGAUAUGAUGGAUGUGGACAUCUGUUAUGGAUUUUCCCCGUCUCCUGCACAUUCUUUGUCAACUGUUGCAGCUUCAGUUGAAGUAUAUAACACAGGUGUGCGAUGAAACUGUAAUACUAAAUUACAUACAUAUAUAUAUAUAUAUAUGUAUAGCUUAUACCUGUUCAGUCCCCAAAAAUCAUAUAAGUUUGUUUAUUUGAAUAGUAAGAGAUUUUUCUUUCCCCUC